AUAAGUUACAUAAAAAUAAAUCAAUAAAUAUUAACUUAUGUUUUCUUUCUCUAUCUAUUCAUACACACACAUACAUAGCGGAUUGGGUCUUAACCAAUGCAAAGAUAAGUUAAUAAAGAUUAUUUGUGUAUCACAGCGUAAAAACUAAUAUUAUACAAUUAUCGCAGUGUAAAAAUGUAAAAAAUAUAUAUAAUAUAAUAUUAAUAUAUAAUAUAUUAACAUAAAUUAUUUGCGUUAAUUUGUAUCGACUGUUAUAGUUAACCAUUACGUAUAAGGAAACAAAAAUUUCAUAAUCAAAAAUUUCAAAAUCGUAUGUCAAAAUGCAGUUUGAGAACCCCUGGUCUAAUAAUCGCACUUCGCCAAACAAACGACUGCGAUCUUUCCCCGAUAAUCAUAAUAACUGAUGCAAUUUUUGCGUGGAGCCAUCUACACUUUCGCGGGCCCUAUUAGAAGAAUGUAUAAUAUAAUACGUUUUCAAUGCAUUGAACGUCGCCACAAGCUAUAGGCCGGGCACGUGUAUAUCGAUAUUUAGAAAAACGGUUCAUUAGAGGCGACAGUGUUUACAGUUCCGACUCUGGAGAGUCUCUUUCCGCGACUAUCGCUCUCAAGGACUUCUCAGGUUUCUUUUCUUGUUUAGAGUCGCACUCUUUUGUGCGCCAAUGCGAGCCCCCUCGUUGAAUCAGUUACUUCAGUUCAGUUUGGUCACUGGUAGGGGAUCGACGGGGAUGUAUCAGUAUAUAGUUUUGUGAUCAUCGAUAAAUAAAUAUCGAAUACUCGCGAAUACUCCUCUGCGCAGUAAAACGAGAAGAGGAAUUGUCAGGCGGAACGCGCUGCUGCGAACUAAAGGUUCGUCUCGCUUACUGGAGCUGAGUAUGCUAAUACCAGGAAAAGCAUGAAGAAUACUGAAACAUAUCUGGCUGAUGUGGAAUGCUCUCAGGUCAUUAUUCUGGAAGAUGCAGAUACUAGAAAAGACAUAGCAAAUAGGACUGAAGACAGUACAUUGCUGCCUACACGGAGUCUGCCUAAUAUUUUAAGGAAUAGUAAUAUAAAGGCACACAAAAAUUGUGAAGCUCCUAAAUCGCACAAGAUGGAUACCUAUUCUCUACUAAACAUGCAACAUACAAAUACCCCUUGCGAGCUAAACGAGACAUUGUCCAGCACUGAUUCUGACAAAGAAGCUACUUACAAUAAAAUCGCAUCGUCAAAGUUACAUCAACGGAAACAGGUGCACAAUCCGUUAAACCUGCAGUGUGAUGCACCCGAUUGGAAUAAUAACAAAAAUAAAAGAUUGCAAAAAGUUGCUCGAGUAGACACCCUAAGCGUUUUACCGAAGGAGGAGAAUAUCUCAACGAAGAAACUAAAAUCUAGUAAUAAUACUAGGAAGUAUUUGUAUGACAGAAAACCAAAGAAAAUAAUAAAGGCCGAUAAAACUGAUGAUAUCAAAACAAAAGUAUCGAACGAGAAACCAGACUUCGACUUUGGGCUAAUCGCUGUUCCGGAUGUGAACAUGAACGAUGAAGUAGUCAUUCUGCAAAAUGUUGAUAACUUUCUCAAUAACGAUUUAACAUUUAGUCAAAGCAUUUACGAAUCUAACGCUUCAGGCUCUACAAACAGAAGCUGUACAAAUAAAAAUGAUAUUGACGCAGGUUCGGAGGAGUUAUUUAACGUUUCCUACUGUAACAGCGAAGUCCGCGAUUUCAAAAGAAAACCGUACGACAUGAAUUACAAUCCCGUGGUUUCUGGCGGGUUAACGGAGCUCAACAGCACGCAGCCUAAAACUUUCCAAACCAGAUUUACGAAUAACGAGUAUUCACUGAUAGACGACCCGGAAGGCGGGUUGAUGGACGGAGACAUUGCGUCGAGUUACUUGUUCAAACCUAAAGUACUGUACACUUGCACUUGUAUGAACUGUACGUCCUACGAGGACAUCAUAUUUUAUGAAGAGCCGACCUCGACCUUUACCAGCAGUGACAACAGUGAAGCGGAACUCUAUACCUCCGAUUUAUUUGACUUCUACAGCGAUUAUUAUCAUAUAUUUGGCGACAUUUUGAAGGAUUCGAAUGAAAAUCUUUAUUACGAGGAGGUCGAAGCAAUGGAUAUUAUCAGGGAAAAUGCACACGUCGCCGGCAAUAGUACAGCGAAAGUAAUUGAGAACGGUGCGAGUGCGCUAUCAAUGGAACAAAAUGAAUUGCAGAAUGCGCCACCGUGUCAUACCACUAAAGCGCGGGAUAAUGGUUUCGAAACAUAUUCUGCAGAAUUUAUUGCACACUCCAACGAGUCUAAAAGAUCCUCGGAAUUCACGGAAUUCACGGAAAACGUAAACGGCCUUGAUGAAACGAACCGCCUAAAUUUGGAGAGCUCUUCGGUGGAUAAAAGCAAGGCUACUUUACAAAAUGAAGCACUUGCUGAAAAUACAGUUUUGGCCGAAACUGUUUCCGCUUCCAAAUCCAAAGACGAGCAGCAGAAAAAGAAGCGAGAUGUAUAUGUUAUCCAAUGUGCUGAAUGUGGAAAACUAUUUCACGAGAAGCAUCACUUCAGAAAACAUUUUACUCGUUGCAAGUUCUACAGGGAGGAUUUUAAGUGUCGCAUCUGCGACAAAAUGUACAGAUAUAAAUCAUCACUAGUUCAGCACCUGAAGAAGAUACACGGUGUAUCGUAUGGUGUACCCCCCGAAAAGUUCUAUACUUGUAACAAGUGCUCAAAGUCAUAUAUUAGAUUUCGCGCUUUUCAGCGACACAUACUCCUUCACGACGAUUAAAAAACGAAGCCUACGGGGAUGUUAAUGAUUAUUAACUCUCGUAUUCUGAUAUCUUCAUAUUGAUAACGAAAAACUCAACAACUACGGAAGUUGAAGUACUUGAACAUCACAACAUACACAUGGAAAUUCGAUAUAUAGGGCAUUAGUUUUUCAUAUACAAUAUGUUUACAAAACCAAAAACGAUAAUUUAAUAUUUUAAUAGUUGUACUAUGACUAGUUUUAUAUUUUUAUACAUACGUUUACGAGGUCAGUAUUUGUCAUGUCAUUACUUAUAAUUUUUUUAUACUUUUCGCUAAAAUGUUUUUGACAAUACUUCUUUCUUUAUUUCCGGUAGUGCAAUCUUGUUAUAUUUUCAGUUUAUUUUACAAUGUGUUUCACAUCAUCGUAUUUCUCGUGCGUCACGGAUUCUCUGCUGAGUCGAGCUGAAAGGAUGCAAAUUCAUAACAAUUUUUUACCUUUUAGUUAAUUUCAAUGCAAUUUUGAUUUCAAGUUAGCAUAUGAGAGAACUGUUUGACACAGAAAAAUAAUUUUGAAACUAGAACGAAAGAAAAAUUGAUUUUCUGCCCAGAAAAAGUUUAAGUUUCUAAAGAAAUACGAAAUAACGAGCAUCUAUAUAGAUGAGAAGAGUUAAGUUUUUUUAUUCAUAUUUAUUUUAUUCGAUUGAGAGAGAGAGAGAAAAGUAUUAUACUAAAAUUUGUCUUUUUAUAUAUGUUCUUUUUAUUCCGACUUGACAACAUUAGAGCGUUUAUAUAUUUAUCUUUAUAAUAAAUGUAUUAAUAAAAUUGAGUUAUGAGUAAA